GUACACACUGCUCGCUAUAGGCGCCUGCCUAGUUAUUAAAAUUUAGUUUAGUUAAUAGUAUUAUUUGACGCGAUUCGGACAGCUUUAAUAUACUCAGUAAUUUGCUCAGGGAAAAAAUUACGCUACUCAAUUUAAUCAAAAAACAAGCGCAGCAUGAGCAGUAAUUGGCCCCAAAAUGUUGGCAUUCUUGCCAUUGAGGUGCUCUUCCCCUCACAAUAUGUGGACCAAACCGAACUGGAGACUUUCGACGGCGCCUCGGCGGGCAAAUACACAAUUGGUCUGGGCCAGGCCAAGAUGGGCUUUUGCUCCGAUCGCGAGGACGUCAAUUCACUGUGCCUAACGGUAGUCAGCCGUCUGCUGGAACGCCAUCAAAUCAAGCAUACGCAAAUUGGACGCCUUGAAGUGGGCACCGAAACCAUUGUGGAUAAAUCCAAAUCGGUCAAGUCGGUGCUCAUGCAACUGUUUGCGGCAAGCGGCAACACGGACAUUGAAGGCAUUGAUACCACAAAUGCCUGCUACGGCGGCACUGCAGCGCUAUUCAACGCACUCAACUGGCUUGAAUCAUCCAGCUGGGAUGGUCGUUAUGCGCUGGCAGUCUGCGCCGACAUUGCUGUCUAUGCCAAGGGUGCAGCGCGUCCAACGGGCGGUGCCGGCGCCAUUGCCAUGCUGGUGGGACCCCAAGCUCCGCUGGUCAUUGAGCGUGGUCUGCGUGCGACGCACAUGGAGCAUGCCUAUGACUUCUAUAAGCCCGAUUUGAGCUCGGAGUAUCCUACAGUUGACGGCAAGCUCUCCAUACAGUGCUAUCUGUCCGCUUUGGACACCUGUUAUCGCCUUUAUCGCCAAAAGUUUGAGAAGCAGCAGCCACAGAAGUCGGCGCUGGGUAUGGACAACUUUGAUGCCAUGCUGUUCCACACGCCCUUCUGCAAGCUGGUGCAAAAGUCUGUGGGUCGUCUGAGCUUUAAUGAUUUUCUGCUGAGCAGCGAGACGGAACGUGCGCAAAAGUUCCCCGGACUGGAACGCUUCAACAGCUCCAGCUUGGAGAGCACCUACUUCGAUCGUGAUGUGGAAAAGGCUUUCCUAACGCAAUCAGCGCAGCUGUUCGAGAAGAAGACCAAGAAGUCCUUGCUGCUGGCCAAUCAGGUGGGCAACAUGUACACGCCAUCGGUCUACUCGGGUCUGGUUUCAUUGCUGAUCAGCGAGCCUGCAGCUGAGCUGGUGGGCAAGCGCAUUGGCGUCUUUAGCUAUGGCUCUGGUCUGGCUGCCUCCAUGUACUCCAUUAAGGUCACGGAUCAGGCCGCUGACUUUGAGAAGUUUGUGUCCAAGCUGGACUAUGUGAUGCCGCUGCUGAACUCUCGCGAAAAGGUAGUGCCUGAGCAAUUCUCGCAGCUGAUGGAGGUGCGCGAGAAGAACAAUCAUGCGGCGCCCUAUACGCCAACUGGCAGCAUAAGCGCGCUCUUCCCAGGCACAUACUACCUGAAGGAUGUGGAUGAGUUGCAUAGACGCACAUAUGAGCGCACGCCUACUAUCAGCAAUGGUGUGCACUAGCCAAAGGCCUUUACUAGCAACUGGAGCUGGAGCUGGAGCUGCAGAUUACUCUUGGGCUGGCAGUUCUACUACUUAACUUGACAAUAAAUCUAAAACUAAACACUAGCUGCUAACUAUUUACAUACGAUGUACAUACACACAACUGUAACGGUAUAUGUGUAUAUGCUCUAGCAAGCUUUUAACAUUAGCAUUUCAAUUGGUUCUAUGGUCGCCUAACUGCAAUAUCUGUGUAUUCAACUAAUGGCCUCUUAAAUUAUCAUUUCAUGAAUUCAGAAAAUCAAAACUUAUUUAUAUCAUGCCACGUUGUAAGCUCACUUUUUUAACUAGUGUCGGAAUUUUGAAUCUAUGCCUAUAAUUGUACAAUAUACUAACUAUAUAUUUAUACAAGUAUGCAUAGUGGGUGUAAUAUGUACUAUAAAUACAUAUGAUUGUUUGUAAAGUGCAAAAUAAAU